AGCACCUGAGUGGUUUCGGUUUCCGUCGAGGGAGUUACGUAUGUAAAUGUCGAGACGGUUACAGGUAUCCGACAGAAAUAGAACAUCCUUACAAGGGUUCUAACAUAGAAGAGUCCACAUGGACGGAGUACAACGAAGGUUUUAACUGUACCCCUACUGAACAUUUGAACGUUCUACCGACUGUUGAUAACAUAGAGACAGUCCAUAUCGAAUUCUCUGGUGAAGAGCUAAAUACAGGAUCCGUUAAAAAGAGAUCAGUAAAAUCAAUUGAUCUAAAAUCGAAAAAUACCCCCAAAAGAAAGAGUAACCGCCGUAAAAGGUCAUUCUACGACAGACCUUUGUUUGACCAAGCAGCGUAUAACAGGAUGGUGAAGAUUUACCGCCACAAGUCAAGUGUGUCAGGGACUAAUUGUAAAACCCUACCUCCCUCGAGUUUGAUCCUACCCGGUGAUAUCGGGUACGGGGUUGCUGACCAGUUUCAAUCUCAGGCCAGCAUGGCAGUCCGUCUUUCCCACUUCCUCUCCGCCUACCUUCAGAACACGGAAGAUACGGAGACCUUCGGUCGCAUUCGAGGAGGAGCGCGUUUGCAUUAUGAAAAAUUAUUCGGAGAAGUUUUAGCCAAUGUGAUGGCCGAUUACAAAAUAUUAUCAAGUGGCAUAUUUUUCGAACCUUACACAUAUUCAAGUCCAAACGAAUCGAUUCGCGAGUACUUCGGUCCAUACGCUUACAGGCAAAACGAAGAAUUUUAUGUCAUCGACUCUGCUGGACUGAACAAGCAUUAUACUUUAGAACUUUGGUACAGAGAGAUGAAAUAUCGGUGGAAUACCAACACAGAAUCUCUUAAGCUUUUUCGUAUCCGCUCAAAAAUGCGCUCGGAUGUUAAUGGUACGGGUAGUCAGACACAUGAACAUUCCCCUUUGGGGUACCGCGCGCCUACUUUACAGCAAGGUAUCUGGAUGCCGCCCGAAUUCAAAUGUGAUGGCCGAAUAGACGCGUGGGUAAUGACGUAUGUUGUGCCAUUUUUUCAAAUGUUAAAGUUAUCAGGAAAAGUUCAGUUUACUGGGGUAGUGACCGUUGAUGUUCCUUUAGAUUUGUUGGAGAUUAAUCCUUGUCCACAGCCCUUCAAUGUCAACAACGCAUUUAAAAACACCGCUCGCUGUCACACUCAGUCUACAACAUGUCGUCCGAUAGAAGGCUUCCGGUUCUCGCGUACGGCGUACGCGUGUGACUGUAAGCAAGGAUACGAGUACCCGUUCAAAGACCGGAAGCGAUGGAUUGCGGGCUCACUGAUUGAGAUUGAAUAUCAGAAAAAAAUCAGAGGUUUAUUCAGCAGAUAUGACUCCCUAAGAUGUAGAAUAUCUUCAAGUCCAAAGUUAUCCUAUGAUGCUGUAAUCAUAUUUAUUUCCAUAUCAUCAAUUUUUAUUUACUUCAUUAAACUUCACUGUUAAAUCAUUAAAUAACGUAAUAUUUUUUCUCACAAUAAUUUAUUUUA